AUGGAAUCUACCUCACCAGACGGUCAAAAAAUCAAAUCCAGGAAAUGCCUGACGGAAGAACGGAGAGCACAAGCGUUUAAAAUGACGACGGAGAGUAUUAAACAGGAGUUGAUCCAAAAAGGAUACGGAAAAAGAGAAGAUCUCACAUCACAGCCUGCCGUCCUCAUGCGCGUGGCUGAGAUCCUCAACGGGGACGAUCUGAAGGCCAAGUUUCCAGUGCAACCUCGUCGGAAAUGUAAUGGUGGAAAGAUGGCAAGAGAAGAAGAGAAAUUGGCAAAAGCGACAAGAGAGCAAAUUAGAAGAAAUAAGAAGAACCAUGCUAUCCACUCUUUGAGAGAAUUUAUCAAUCGAAAAGAACUUGGAGAUGGAUCUAGUAUGGAGCAGCUCGACGUGGUGGAGAUCAUUUUGGAACACAUCAAAACUCUUCCAAUCAAUGAGAAAGUUGACGCCCAGUUAGAGAAUGUGGAGGAUGCUCAAAUCUCAGCAACGACAUCGCCAGGACUUUCAACUCAUACUCCAACCCCACCAAUCGCUGAUCAGGAUCGAGUUCAGUCACCAGCUCUCACUCCAGGAGUCCCUUUCCAACCAAUACCCUUGUUCAAAUUCCCAUGGCCAUCAGCACAGUUUCCAAUGAUGCCAGGCAUGAUGAACCCUAUUCAAUUGAAGCUGCAGUAUCAGCAGGUUCUCCAGAAUAUGAAAAAUCUUCAGAACACGAAUCAGAAUACACAAAGCAAUGAGGAGGAGGAGUCAUCUUCAGCUGCCAGCGCUCAAUCAGCUGCGGAUUCUGAGGAAAGUGAGGAAGAAGAUGUGGAUCUUCUAAACUAA